AUGGCCGGAGCAACCUUAUUUGCACGCGCUCAAGCCCUCACCAGCGUCAAUCGUGAGGAGGGCAUUACGCUGCUGAAUAAAAUUGUGCGUGAACAAGAAGUAGCUGAGAAUGACGAGGAGUUGAUUCGUUUGAAGGAGCAGGGUAUCCUGCAGUUGGGAGAGUUGUACAAGCAAGAAGGUAAAGCCAAGGAAUUGGCCGAUCUGAUUAAGGUGACACGUCCCUUCCUCAGUUUGAUAAGCAAAGCGAAGGCAGCUAAAAUGGUGCGCACGCUAGUCGAUAUGUUUCUAGACAUGGAUGCUGGCACGGGAAUAGAGGUGCAAUUAUGUAAAGACUGCAUUGAGUGGGCUAAACAAGAAAAGCGCACAUUUUUACGCCAAUCGUUGGAGGCCCGACUUAUUGCAUUAUUCUUCGAUACAGGCUUGUAUACAGACGCCUUGGCACUUGGUUCUCAAUUGUUGCGUGAAUUGAAAAAAUUGGAUGAUAAGAAUCUCCUCGUUGAGGUACAACUAUUGGAGAGCAAAACCUAUCAUGCACUUAGUAAUCUACCGAAAGCACGCGCCGCACUCACCUCUGCACGCACAACCGCCAAUGCGAUAUACUGUCCGCCCAAGGUGCAAGGUGCUCUCGAUUUGCAAUCGGGUAUAUUGCAUGCAGCCGAUGAACGCGAUUUUAAAACGGCCUUCUCCUACUUUUACGAAGCAUUCGAGAGUUACGACAGCGUUGAUAAUGCAAAGGCUUUAACUGGUUUAAAGUAUAUGUUGUUGUGCAAAAUUAUGUUGGGGCAAUCUGAGGAUGUCAAUCAGAUUGUGAGCGGCAAAUUGGCUAUCACUUAUUCGGGUCGCGAUAUUGAUGCUAUGAAAGCUGUGGCGGAAGCUUCACACAAACGUUCUCUUGCCGAUUUCCAAGAUGCAUUGAAGGAUUACAAAAAAGAAUUGACAGAGGAUGUUAUUGUCCAAGCGCAUUUGGGUACGCUUUACGACACAAUGUUGGAACAGAAUCUGUGCCGCAUCAUUGAACCACGGGUACUAAAUUGA